AUGGAGCUUUUCGGUGAUCAGUACCUGCGUAUUACCAUUGCACUGCCCACUCCGGCGGCUUGCGUGGCGUUAGCGCCUGGCCCCUCGGCGCAGAAUGGCGAAACCACGCGAAUGCAGGCGACUGUAGCCUCCUCCCCUACUGCCGCGGGAGUCGCGGGUCAACGUGCAAAGAGUGCAGCAAAGCGUGAACAAGACAGGCACGAAUCUGAAUCUGAGGCUCAGAUCGCCCGCAGGUCGUCGAGCCAUCCACGGCAAACGGAUGGGAGCGAUCAGGCAUCCACUGACCACUCGCAGGAGAGGUUAGCAGACAGUUCUCCGCCGGCCACGUCCCAAGCUUCCGCUGACAACGCGUCUCCUCUCCUUUCCACAGUGACGGCAGAGGUCGCCUUCAGCGAGACAGUUGCCGACCUGCGGUGGGUGCUCUUGGAGCUGCUGCCGUCCUGUUUUUUCACCAAUUACGACAUUUUCUUCAAAGGCGAACGCGUCGAAGAAAAUGUCUCUUUCUCGGCUCUUUCAGUCGAGGCAGGAGAUGUGUUUCACCUCGUUCCCUCGCUAUACGACGAAAAAUCUGUCCGCCUCCACAUUCGACGCUUUCAAGAAAUCACGGUGAACGCGUCGGUUCUCCUCAUGCAAGGACUGCCUGAUCCUGCGGACCCUGCGGGGCCGUACGGAACGUUCCUGAAACCUCUCGUUCUUCUCGACUCGUCUCAGUUCAUGCAGGACAACUCCCCGCUGUGGCUGCGGGGCGGCUCCGGCGCGCACGAUGCCAACGCGCAUCAGCCGUUCCUCGAGUUGCCUGCCGACGACGUAGAGGAGGAUCAAGACGAAGAUGCGGAAAAGGAGUUGCAGGAAGGAGACGACGCUGAAGCAGAUAAACAAGCGAGGCACUGGGCUGGUGCUCAUGACCGGAAGUCGGGGACGGGGCCCAAGAGAGGAGCGCGAAGGGGCGGAUCGAACGGAAGGCCUCAGGAACGCACUCCCGCCGGCGCGACGGAGAGCAAGAAUGUCAGAAGGGGGAGUCAUGGCAACAACACGAAGCAUAAGCGCGUGAAAGGCCAAAGUCCGGCAGCCGCAGACGACACCACCGGGAAAACCGCCAAGGCGAUCAAUCUAACUCGUCUCCUUUUCCGAGAUGAACUGUAUGGUGGUUCGAAAGACAAAGCCGUCACGAGUAUGGAAGACCGAGACUGGAAGGAAGGAGCGUCGGCGAGAAGAGAACAUGAAUCUGCACAGAUUCAGAGAACGAAGAGACUUUCCACCUUCUUGCUCAAAUCGCCCGUCACGCUGAAGCCGCGAAAGAAACCCAAGUCCUUCAUCUCGCUGCACACGAGUGAUUUGAACCCUCCGCCCCCGAGCCGCCGCCUCCAGGGAGAUCUGUGGUACCUCGAGUUGUGUACUCUGGAGCACAAGACACUUGCCAUCGUCUGCCGAGAGGAAGGGUUCUCGGUUUCCUCGAUAUGCGGGAAGAAACGCGGUGCAGACAGUUUUGGCGACCAGUCUUCGGGUCGGUCGCUGGAGGCCCUCUUUCCUCCUAAUCGCGUCGCCUGCCCUCCCGAAGGCCAUACGACGUUGCCGGCGGACAGCGAUCAGGGCCAGUUGCUCAUUUUCCAUACACUAAGCGAUCUGCUGUGCGCAUAUAGCCCAGCGUACCGAGAAACGUUGCCUUCCCUGGCUCCGCCGCAACUCGACACGGAUCUGCCGUACCACGUCAUGCCCGCUCUGCAGGCGCACAAUCACUUCUUAGCGACAAAGGAAGAGGAGCAUAAGCCUGAUAGUAGCCGGCUGGAGGAAUAUCUCGAGAAAGGCGCGGGUGUCGACCCGUGGGAGGAGGAACGGCGGUGGAGCGAAGAGGUCGACGCGCUUCGCAAUAUGCCUGUCGAGACUCUGCAAGACCACAUCGAUUUCGAAAAGGCGUCUUUCAAGCUUUUCGUUGAGUUCCAGCACUCUGCUCUUCAAGCAGCCAUCAAUGUUCGAGAGGGACGCAUAGGCGGACCAGGCACUUCUGAAGCAUCGCAUUCCCCAGCGUCGCCGGUGUUUGACGAGGCCCAGGUGAAUUCGUUGUGCAUGCAAAGCGAAUCCUCGUCGAUCGCCCUCUCGUCUGACCAAAUCCAGAGAGGGCGACAGGCUCCUGCUGAUGGCCUGAUGGUGCCUCGCUCUGACUGUGCAACUGAGCACCUUGCGUUCUGGGGACAAAUGGCCAUCGAGAAAGCUGGUGACCGCCCUCUUCUGUUGGGAGGACAAGUCGGACGCGACGCAAGUCAACCCCAAGACGAAUGUGCCGCCGAUGUUACCAGCAAGAGCAGUGAAAAUACGCAAGAAGAUGUUACGGGGAGGGGAGGUAGCAGCCAGUCCUCGUCCGACGUCGCGAACAAGAGAAACCGGAGAGACUGGCGCGAACUGAAAGCAGAGACACGCGCGUACGAGCUUCUGGAACUCUUACACGCAUAUCAGCGAAAGAAGGCGGCGUCAGACCAGCAAUGUAAACGCAGGGGAAGCGAUCCGGAGGCGAACACGCAGCAGGACCCUGCCGCGGCGGUGGGAGGCCUUGCCAGGGCUAGUGAAAACUGCUGGCAAAUUACCGCCCCGUACGCCCUCCUCAUUGACUAUGCUGGCUGCAGACUCCGAUGCCAGAGCGUGUCGCCGAUUCAACUGCUCGCAGCAAAACAGCGGAAGACAGUGGCGAAACGAAACUGUGACAGAGCAUCUGGCGGCCAGUCAGGAGAGAAUAAGAAGACGCACGGAUCCGAAGGGGUGCAGUUAAACGGAGGCAAGCAUGAAGACUAUCAAAUUCCCAGCGCGCUGGAUUUGAGUUUGUUCGGGGAUGUGCUCGGACUCAAGAUCCAUCACCUGCAAGACCCCGUAUCGGGAGAAACUGAAAGCCGUCUCCUCCACCGGGACGCAAGGUGGAUCGAGGACCCUCAAGAGAGGCAGCUCCACCUGCUCAGUCUGGGGUCUCUGUGCCCUGUAGACGUAAGCCGCCACGGCCGCGAUGCCGCGGGCGUGACAGAGACCCGACAAGGCGAGACUGGUCAGGAUCAGACGAAGGCACGGAACGCUGAAGCCGGAUGGCAGAACGAGCGAACGGGGACGCACAACACGUUUGAAUGGCUGCGGCCAGAGUUAAUGAGUGCAUACCUCCUUUUCCAGCAGAAGCGGGAUGAACAGAAAAGGGUCACAGAGAGUCCGCAACAGGUGGAGGGGGCCCCGCACCUCAAGGACGGCGCAAGUCAACCUGCAGGGGGUUUGGGACAUCCGUCCGACAGCGCGGCCGAGACAUCGACGACGGCUGCCCACACACCCGCUGCCGAUGGCUCGCCGAUUUCCGUUUACGCGGCAGCGCCUGGUUCGUCGGAUUGCGGUCCCGCCCCUGCUUGCAAAGUACAGAAGGCGUGUAAAAAUAUGGACACACCUCAAGCCCUGAAAGACGAACUGCGCCUUCGCCUGGAGCACGAGGUGUGCCGCCGCGUGCCGCUUCUUCCAGCGUUCUUCUCCGAAAUGCAAGCCUGGUACAAGGCCGACCUGGGCACCGGAUUCUUCUUCCAGUCGGGCUCGCCGUUUGCGUCGACGCUCAGGGAGAAGACGCGCGAAGCGGCGGCCCACAUUCUCUUCAAGUGCGUUGAACUCACGCGCUCACACCAGCGUGCAGCACUCGUCGAACACAGACUUGAAUACGACGCAAUCAAGAGAGAGCUCGCAGCUCGAGGCGGCCUCGCGUUCCCUCAGGACGCAGAACGGGCUAGCCAGGCGGCUGCUGCGGCUGACCCAGCCACAGCGGAGCGGAACAGCGCUUGCGACAAGGAUGACGCUGCGGGCAAGCGGACCUCACACCACGGACAGGUAGAACAGAGGGAAAGCCUGAAGAGGCAAGAUGGCCUCAAUGCCGAAGCUGGAGAGGGUGAACAGAACGAAGGCGCCACAGGCGCAUUCGCGGUGACAGACGAAGAUCGAGACAUGAUGGAGCUGCUGGGUCAAGACAUCAGUUUGCUUGACCCUUCACUUGAUCUCGAGGAGAGGUCCAGGCAGAUGGCGGAUCAACUGUGCAGUAUGGCGUUUUUCACCCCCUCGUCGUCACACGCUAACGAGGAGGCCAGCCCGCACGGCGUCGCAAGCGCAGUCUCUCGGCUGUUCAACUUGAAUGUCACUCCGCAGUCUGGAGAGAAAACAUCGCCGAGCUCCCACCUCUCUGCAUCGGACCACUCUGUCUUGGAGGAAGCAGCGAAUUACUUGCACGCAGUCGCGAUUCCUUUGGUGGCUACACUACUUGGCCAGAACUUGUGCGUGACCCCGCUGGAGUCGUCGUCUUUGAAAUCGUUCUUCCAUUCGUUUGGCGUCAACAUGCGCUACCUCGGAGUGGUGACGCAGCUUGUUGAAACCAACCAAGACGUGGAGAUCUCGGCCGAUCCAGAGCUCGAGGCCGCUGCGUCUUCCGACGCCCCCAGUUUGGCUGUCCGGCUUCUCCAGGUGGAGUUGACUGUGAGAGCAGCGAAAUGGUGCUUCUCGUCAUUUCUGUCGCCCCUCCGCGUCGGCCAACUCAGCCCGGCAAUCGCGCACCUUAUGUCGUGUCUCUUCUGCCCGCCGGCUGUCCAAUAUCCGUCGAAGAAGUUCCCGCUUCCGUCUGCGCUUCGGCGCGUGUUCUCCGCAACUUCCGGGUGCUCCACGCUGCCCGCGGCGCCACGCGGUGCUUCGUCGGGAGAGAGUAAGCCGCUGAGUGCGGCGUCGAAGCACGAGGCAGCCCUCUGUGGACUGGCUGAGUUGACGCCGGAGACGUUGUGGGGUCUCAUUCGACAGCGAAUUCGAGAGCACUUCGGGUAUGACUCUGUGCCGGUGGAGCGCUCAAGCUGGAGGUGCAUGCACUCGCCAAGCGGACGAUACGCUGUGCUGCGGGGUGUGGCAAGCGCUCUCGGAAUUCAGAUGAAAACAGGAUGCCCGCUGAUGAGCGUCCUUGGCGCCAGCUCGUUGUGGGAGCACUGGGGAUUGGGCGAGGAGUGGAAGCAACAGGCAGGCGAGGCAGGUGCGGGCGCGGGGGUCACAAAUGCAGACCGAACGGCGCACGAAAACUCGAUGCCGGACGAAGCUAAACCGGUUGCCGGGGCUUCCAACUCGGAAGUGUCGACCCACGGCAUGUCAGACCUGGAUUUCGCCUCGCCUGUUUGCGCGUCUCCCACUGGACAUCGAGGGAAGGAACGAGACGCUGCUGUCUCACAACAGAAGGAACCAAGGCCUGCAUCUGUGGUAGCGAAGAACGCGGACUCCCACGCCGCGAAAAGUGGAUGUGUUGAUCUGCACCCUGCCUCGGGUGGUUCGGGUCUUUCCUGCUGGCGAGCUGGGGGUCCCGCCCUCAUGUCUGCGGGUUGCUACUGGGCGCCGCUGAGACAGGAAAGCAUUGUCCAGCUGUUCCCGGUCAUUAAGAGAGACCCCGUCGUCUCGCAUCUCGCGCGCCACUUACUGACUGCAGCCACUCAGUGCUAUGUGUUGGGCUGGCUGGACGUCGCGCUGGAGCUCUUCCAACAAGUUCUCUUCGUCGUACACCAGCUCACGGGCGCAGUGUGCAGGGAGGCCGCGCUCUGCUACGCCGGCAUGGGCGAAGUCACCCUGUCUCUGCAGGACUUCCUGAACGCGGCGAACAAUUUCCAGAAGGCGUUGAUCUUGACGGAGAGGUGUAUGGGUCCGGACCAUCCAGACACUAUCGAUCUGCAUGCAGGCUUGGGUCGAACGCUGGUUCACUUCCCCGGACGCGAAUACCAAGAAAGAGGCCUCCAGCAUAUCCAUCGCGCCAUCGUGCUUUUGCGGCUGUGGAGUGGUGACGUCCCCCAUCCUGAAACCCCCCUGCUCUUGGUCACCGCGGCCAAGUGCCUGCUAAAGGUCUACGGUCCCGCGUGUGCGAGUCACCUGCCGGAGUAUUUGGAUGGAGCCGUCCAGCUGGCCAGACGAGUUCGGGGCAUGGGCCCCCAGUUCGUUGCAGAGAUCCACAGCGACUGCUCCCAGAUUUACCAGGCGCUAGGAGACUUCCGCAACGCCCUCGAGCACUGGCGUAAUGCAAGCCAGCUCAUCGCCUCUGACCCCUCUGUGGACACAGAGAGAACGAGGGAGCUGGACGAGCGACUACUCUUUCUUACCCAACAAGCGGUGUUGGCGGCGAAGCGAAGAAAACACGAAGAAAGCCAACGCGCCGAGCUCCUUCACCGACUCCGCACGGUCGUGACGCUCAAGCGCCACAACGGAUCGCCUCCAGCGGGGGUGGCACAAACUACGGCGCGUCUUCCUGUUCAGAUAGCAUAA